AUGGCUUCCUUCUCCGACCGCUUCACCAAGGGCUCGUACCCUAUCCACUCGGUGGCCGAGGCUGUCAAGCCCGGCCCCCAGGGCGUCGACCUCUACUCCCGCUUCUUCCUUGCCGGUGCCCUUUGCUGCUCCAUCACCCACGGUGCCGUCACUCCCAUCGAUGUCGUCAAGACGCGUAUCCAGCUUGAGCCCACCGUCUACAACAAGGGCAUGAUCGGUGGUUUCCGCCAGGUCGUUGCCAAGGAGGGUGCUGGCGCUCUUCUCACCGGUCUUGGACCCACCGCUCUCGGCUACUUCCUCCAGGGCGGUUUCAAGUUCGGCGGUUACGAGCUGUUCAAGAAGCUCAUUGUCGGACAGAUUGACAACGAGACCGCCGUCAAGAACCGCAUGGCCAUUUACCUUGGUGCCUCUGCCGCUGCCGAGUUCUUCGCCGACAUUGCCCUCUGCCCGCUCGAGGCCACCCGUAUCCGUCUCGUCUCGCAGCCCACCUUUGCCAACGGUCUUCUGCCCGGCUUCGCCCGCAUCGCCAAGGAGGAGGGCCUCGGCGGCUUCUACGCCGGAUUCGGACCCAUCCUCUUCAAGCAGAUCCCUUACAACAUGGCCAAGUUCGCUACCAUGGAGGUCGUCCUCGAGAACGCCGUCGCUGCCUACGGCAAGCCCAAGUCGGAGCUCUCGGGCGGUGAGGCUACCUUCCUCAACCUCGGCUCGGGUCUCAUUGCCGGUUUCGCCGCCGCCACCAUCUCGCAGCCCGCCGACACGCUUCUCUCGAAGAUCAACAAGCAGAAGGCCGCCCCCGGCGAGACCAUCACCGGCCGUCUGACCAAGAUGGCCGGCGAGCUCGGAGUCAAGGGACUGUUCGGUGGUCUCACCACCCGUCUGAUCAUGGUCGGUACCAUCACCGCCGGUCAGUUCGCCAUCUACGGCAAGAUGAAGGAAGUGCUCGGCGCCACCAACACCGUCGAGAUCUCCAAGACUGCCUAA